GCCAAAGGCAGUUUUGAUGCAGCGACGGUUGAUGCCUCUUGACGCAUUCAGGCUGACAUCUCGACGGCUUUCCGGAUCUGCUGCCCCUGCCCUCGAGAUCUCACCGCCUUCCGCCCAUUGGAUUCAUGGCCCUGACGCGCUAGAGGUGGAGUCACCCCUACUGAACGAAGAGCUGCCGACCCGGAGCCCUCCGAAGCGACAAAAGCGGAGAGCAUCCCGCCCUGCCGACGAGCUGACGCUGCUAUAUGAGACGGAUGGACGAGGCGAGUGGACGUCCAGCCAGCCCAGCAUCCUCAGAACGGCGCGGCAGCUGGCGGCAUCACAGUUGCGCCAGACACCGUCGCAGAAGAACUCUCUGGCGUGGCAGCAGCUGACAGAGCAUGCUCUCGCGCAGCUGCCAUCCCUCUCAUCGACCGAGAUCGCCGUGCUGGUGCACCAUUACGCGAGGGCUGGCCGACGCCACGAUCGCCUGCUGUCACAAGUAGCUCUGCAGAUCCCACUGGAGGUCAUCCACUGGCCUGCUGCCGACAUCGUCAUGCUGGUGGGCGCCCUGGCCAAACUGGAAUUCGACGAUGCGCCGCUCCUCUAUCGCCUCAAGGAAGCGGCGAGAGUGCAGCUUGAGGGGCACUCGUACGGUGGGAACGCGUGUGCGGUGCUGGCGGGCGCGUUUGUGAGGCUGCGGUGGAUGACAGUCGACAUAUGGACUCCCCUGCAGGCCGAGCUACAGGCCAAUGCGGCUGAGAUGAGUGCGCGGAGCCUGGCGACUGUCCUCACUGCGUGUGGCUAUCUGCGGGAACGUGCCGCAGAGGGGAAGCGGCAGCAUGGAGUAGAGGCCGACUCUGCCACUGCUGCCGCUGUCAGUCAAGAAGCCGUGUCACAGGCAGAGGACAGAGCGGCUGAGUUGUCCCCGUCUUUGGUGCAGACGCUGAUAGUCUACCUGCACGAGCGCGUCAACGAGUACCCCAGCUCCCUUUUCCCCGCAGUGUGCAACGGCCUCGUCCGCCUCAGAGACGCAUGGCGGUCCCAGACACACAGCCACAGCCAGCACCAGGAAAGUGCCCCCCCUCCCCGAGACCCCUUCACCGAGGACGACUACCGGCUGCUGUGGGCGACACUGGCCGGCCGUCUGUCAUCCCAUGUGGACGGCUACAAGGCCGACAAGAUCGCCCUCAUUGCCAACGCCAUGGCACGUGCGGGGCUCGACCCGCCGCCGGCGUCCUUCCAGCCUCUGGUCAAGGAGAUCGCCUUGGCGCUGGUCAAGCAGGUCAAGACGCUCGGGCCCACCUACAAUGUGCAGUCCUUCAGCCUCACCCUGCUGGCGAUCGCCAGGCUGGGGCUGAGGGACAUGCGGACCUAUCGCUUCCUGGCUGCCUACAGCAGCGGGCUGCUGCUGAAACCAACACAGGGCAAGACAGACAAGGAUAACAACACCGGCAAGGAGGUCAAGGGGGGGGAGGGGAAAGCAGUGGACCGGCGAGUGGUGGUGCUCGACAACGAUACUAUCUGUGACACCAGCGGUGGUGGUGGUGGUAGUGGUGGUAUUGUGGAUGAGGCGGCCACUGAUGUGCUGCAGCUGCACCAGCUGACCACGGCAUUCGCUCUUGUGUACCCGGCAGAAGAUGAGGACGACUUCCUGACCUUUUUCUUCCGCGUCACUGACGUCCUCAACAAGCGGCUGGUCGCCGCAGCCAGGGCAGGGGUGCACGGCCAUGUGUCGGUGGAGCUGCUAUGUCACCUGCUGAAGAAUCUGGGGGAGGUGCACAGCAGAACCGCCCAUGGGGAGCUCAUGAACCGCAUCGAACACGUCUUUAUGACGGUAGGUAGGUAGAAACACACACACGGUGGAUCCACCGUGUACUCUCUGGAUGGAUGGAUGGAUGUGUGCUUGUCGGCUCGGCUCGACGCAGGCCGGGCGAUACCUGAAGGAUCGCGUCCAUCACGGACACCUCCCAAUGGCCGCACUCGUGACACACACACACACACACACACAUCCGGGUGAUCUGAUCCAGACAUCCAUCGUGUGUGUGCUGUGCUGUCAGUCGUCGCUUCAGCUGGCGUGGGGCCGCGUGGGCAUCCUGCACACAGACCUCAUGGCAGAGACGUGGACAGAGGUGCAACAGAGGGCACACGAGAUGAAAAGUAACCACCGCCAAGCGAGCAACCCCCCUCCCUCCCACCAAAGCAAGCAUCCGCCAACCUUCUCUCUUGUCGCGUCAGGCAGCGACAUCGUGGCCACGGUGUUGACGGCCGUCAGCCUCAAGGUCGGCAGCGCCCAGGACCCCAUCACUGCUCUCACUGACGACCCCUCACACCAGCACAGCGGCCCCAUACAGACCAAGAAGCUCUCCCGCCUCCUCAGCACCGUCCACUUCGUGUGGUCGCGGAUCGGCACACACAUACGGGACACCUGUGCGGGUGAGCUCAAGGCCGGCGGCAAUGCUGUGGACAGAGUGCGGCUGAGUGACGAGGAGGUGGUCCGCAUCUUGACCAGCUAUGGGUCGUCGCUGCGCCUGCCGCCAUCUGAGCUCGUCACCGUGGCCCUCAUGCGGCUGAGGCGCAGGCACGAGAUGGAUCGCCACGCGAGAAGCGCGUGUUGGGCUUCCAGACACGAAGCGGCCCUCUCCCAGUUGUCGGCCGCCCCACACAGACUGACACCCGACAAGCCCCACACGGCCCCUCCAUUAUCUCUCAGACGGCUGGCAGAGACGUGUUUGUACGCGUGCAGGAUAGCACAGGUCAUGUGCAAGCUCGACAUGCACUGCAAGAGAGGGUGGCACGGCAGCAUGCAAGAGAUCGGGGGCAUAUUCCGGGACAACCUUGUGUCGCUGACUGCGGGGCUGUCGUCGCGUGUGCCGUUGGGCGGGAGGGGGCAGGUGGGGGAGAUGCUGCAGGGGGUGUCGGUGAGGAUGGCCGAGGUGGCCAUGCUCGGACACGACGGGCCCCUGCUCUCCUUUGUGCUCACCUGGUACGUCACACACAGUCUCAGAGAGGCGCAACACGCGACCGCCACACACGCCUCUCUGUCUUUGUCUCUGUGUGUGGCGUCACACAGGCAUGCGCAGCAGCUCCGCCACUGGGCCCGCGCGGCGUCCGACUCAUGGUUCCUCACCGACGCCUUCGCCGAUGACACCGACACCGCCCACACCCCCAAGUGGGCCAGGUCGCUCCCACCAUACGUCAUCCUCUCACCAACGGACCACCACAGGCUCAUCAAGACAGCCACUGCCGCCGUCCUGGGGUGUGUCCACGGGGACGCCAAUACGCUGGUGGGCAGUCUGUCUCUGCCGGCGGUGCAGGUGGUAUACCAGGCUGUGAGCAGGGUGCUCAGGAGGGCCGCCGGGAGACAGCCGAGGGAGGGGGAGGGGGAUUCUGACAGUGACGAAGGGACUGCUGGUAGUGGUGGUGGUGUAGAUAGGGACCAUGAUGCCAGGCUGCAGUCGACGGCAUUCCAUGCAGAAGUGCUCAAGACUUUGCAGGUAGGUAGGUGAUGUGUGUGAUGCCGACAACAGACAGGACAGACCCCGGCCCAGAGAGACGGUAGGUAUUGUGCGCGCGUGUGUGUCUGUGUGUGUGUGUGGGUGGGUGGGUGGGUGUUCAGGCUGUUGGUUCGUCAGGUGGUGGAAGGGGAAGAGGCGUGUUGGCUCGUGUGGAGACGGAGGUGCCGGUGGGAUGCUUCUUUGUCGACCUGAUGAUAGAUAGCUCCACACACCCAAGGUGCGGACGGACUGAACGACUGACUGACUGACUGACGAGCAGUUGGUGAGUGAGUGAUUCGAUCAUUCAUGAAUGAAUGAGCCAUAUGCAUGCAGGCAGCAAAAAUGGGUCGGUCGGUCGGUGGAUCGGUGAGACAGACAGACACACAGACAGACAGGCAGACCAGCAGAUGGAUAGAUAGAUAGGACAAAGUAAGUGGAAUGCAUGACAUGGAAGUCAUCCUGACGUCCUCACUCACUUUCUCACUCACUCACUUGACGCAAAGCGACUGACUCAUCUCAUCAACCCAUGCGGCCAG